GUUGCUGAUUAUCAUCUGGAGUGUGUCGAUGUGGUGAUAGAUUAAAAAAUAAAAGAACGACCGCUGCGCCACCUUGUCACUCUGUUAUGAUUGCGAUAAGCAGCACUACACAGCAACACUAACCUAACAAUCACAGUAGGCCGUGCACACCAAAAACUGCCAGUACUCAAAACGCGACUUCCCGAUCCAACACUUCAAUCCAGACCGGUACGGGCACGCACCGGCGACAAUUUCGGAAUCGAGCGAUGUGCGGCUGUGCACGCCGCACAGUUCUCUCCCCAUAACCCCUGCAUCCGCACGGCGGCCGCCCGUCCGCCGCCGGCGCGAUGCAACACAAGGCGAUGCAGCAGUUCAUCACCGGGCUGAAGUCGCGGCAUGCGGAUACGCGCGCGAAGGCAGCGCACGAUCUGUCCGUGUACGUGAACAGCGAGCUGCGGGAGGCCACCCCCGACGAGAUCACCAAGUUCUUGGAUCCCUUCUAUCAUGAGAUCUUCGAGAUGGUGUCGUCCAGCGACGUCAACGAGAAGAAGGGCGGCAUUCUUGCUAUUGUAUGCUUGAUAGGAGCUGAUGUUGGUGACCCAACGACGCGAAUAUCACGUUUUGUUAAUUACCUUCGCAAUCUACUACCAUGCAACGAUAUCAGUGUAAUGGAGAGCGUGGCCAAUACCAUGGGACGGCUUGCUUUGGUCAGUGGGUCGAAAGCUUCGGAAUAUGUGGAGUUUGAAGUGAAACGCGCGUUUGAAUGGCUUGGUGGCGAUCGUGUUGAGGGCAAAAGACACGCAGCUGUGCUAGUAUUAAGGGAACUAGCGCAGACAAUGCCAACAUACUUCUUCCAACAGGUCGAGCAGUUCUUUGAGUUGAUCUUCAACGCAAUCCACGAUCCGAAACCAGUGAUCCGCGAGGGUGCAAUCGAAGCACUCCGCGCUGCACUGGUGGUAACAGCACAACGCGAGUCAACAAAACAACUCCAGCACACACAAUGGUACAAAUUCAGCUUCGAACAGGCGAAUAAACUCAAAACAAAGGUAGAUAAACAUGACAAAGGGCGCGACGAACGCGCUCAUGGUUACCUCCUGGUGAUCAACGAAUUACUACGGUGCUCCAACGCCGAAUGGGAGCGUAAAUAUGUACAACUGUUGGAAAUCACCGACACGCGACACUUCGGUGAUGAUCAACAGUACGCAACCAACAAACCCAAGUACGGCUUCCACAAACGCACGCAGUACCAAAACCUGUCGAAAACCAGUAAUAUUCUACACGUUGUUACUGAAUCCACCGUCUGUCGCAAACUGAUGAUGGAGGUUUAUCGGUCGGUGUGUGCUGAUGUGCUCUCACAUCGUAGCUCGCGGUAUAGCUACACACAACAGGUGCUUAUCGCCGUUCUGCCUCGCCUUGCCGCGUUUGACAGCGAACUCUUCGUGCAGGAGUACCUCGAGGGGACAAUGAUGUACCUGUUUAGCACUUUAGGCGGACGUGACAAGGAUAAAGCCGCCGCGUAUAUCACCAUCGGUUUGAUUGCUGUCGCUGUAGGAAAACCAAUGUUCGACACGCAGUCGGAGUACCUCACUAAGUUAAUGCACUCGAUAAAACAGGCGCUGCCGAGCAAGGAAGCAACCAUACGCAAACGGACGAAAAUUGAUCCGAGUGUCCUGAAAUGUGUGACUUUACUCGCACAUGCAGCAAACAAAGAUGAACGGUUCAAGAAAGAAGUUGUAUCUAUCCUAGACCAGAUGUUUCAGACAGGUUUAAGUCGCCCGUUGACAAUUUGCUUCCGUGAGUUAGCGAAAAACGUCCCAUGUCUUAAAGAUUCAAUCAGUGCUGGCUUAUUGAAAAUGUUGCAUCAGAUCCUCAUGAAUAAACCUUUGCGGCAUCCCGGGAUGCCUAAAAAUCUACCAGCGGAUUUGCUUUCUUUAGGGAGUGACACCCAUGAGCCCUGCAGCAUUGUACUAGCGUUGCAUACUCUCGGUACCUUUGACUUUGAAGGCGCAAGUUUACUUGACUUUGUCAAACGUUGCGCUGAGCACUUUUUGAUUCACGAGCAACAGAAAAUCCGACUGGAAGCAGUUCGUACUUGUAGUCGUUUACUAAAACAAGCACUGCAUCAAAGCGCUGAGCAUCCAUCGGAAACUGUCAAUUUAACAGUGGCGGCUGUGUUGAAUAAACUGCUGGUUGUCGGCAUGACUGACACUGACUCCGAUGUACGUCUCUGGGUGUUGUACUCUCUGGACUCGACUUUUGACAACUACCUCGCACAGGCGGAGUCUCUCAGCGCGCUCUUCGUUGCUUUACACGACGAAGUGUUUGAGAUUCGCGAAGUUGCGCUUUAUACCAUAGGCGGAUUGAGCACUUUGAACCCGGCGUAUGUUAUGCCCAGCUUGCGCAAAACACUAGUUCAAUUAUUGACUGAAUUAGAACACUCAGGCACUGGAAGAAAUAAGGAGCAAGGCGCUAAGUUAUUGGAUUAUCUUAUUCUUAGCGCUCCGAGAUUAGUACGCCCGUACAUGGAGCCGGUUUUGAAGGUGUUGGUGCCUAAACUACGCGAACCGGAACCUUACCCCGGUGUGGUUCUAGCUGUAUUGAAAGCUAUUGGAGAUUUAGCUGAGGUAACAGCAGGCGGGAGUGAACUACACCAAUGGAUGGACGAAUUGAUGGGGAUACUUAUGGAUAUGCUCGGGGAUGCAUCCGCGCCUGACAAACGCGGCGCUGCUUUAAUCACUCUAGGAAAAUUAGUCGGUGCAACUGGACAUGUAGUCAAACCCUAUACGCAAUAUCCUGUAUUGUUGGAUGUCCUGAUGAACUUUUUGAAAACCGAGCAGUUGCUAUACAUCCGCAGAGAAACAAUUCGUGUUUUGGGACUUUUGGGAGCUCUGGAUCCAUACAAGCACAAAAUGAAUCGUGGUCAGAUUGAUUACCACCCAGAAGCACCGCUGUUGAUUCCAUACACAGACAAAACCACGGAUCCCAACGCUGAUUUAUCCAGUAGUGAGAUGUUGGUUAAUAUGAGCAGUAGCACACUAGAAGAAUAUUACCUGGCGAUGGUGAUUGCUACAUUGAUGAAAAUCCUCAGAGAUCCCACUUUGGGUCAACAUCACACUAUGGCUGUGCAAGCCGUGUCUUUCACCUUCAAAAGUUUGGGUAUUAAAUGUGUGCCGUACAUCUCACAGGUUUUACCUAGUCUCUUGAAUGUUGUGCGCACACCAGAAGUGAAUAUUACUGAGUUCCUCUUUCAGCAGCUUGCGCAUCUUAUACUGAUUGUCAAGCAACACAUUCGUAACUACCUUGAUGAUAUUUGUGCGCUUAUCAAAGAGUUCUGGACACCGCAUAGCACCAUUCAGAAAACAUUGAUUACUUUGGUUGAGAAUAUAGCUAUUGCUCUGGGCGCGGAAUUCAAGGUUUAUUUACCAAAACUCAUGCCGCAGAUUUUGCGUGUUUUAAGUCACAAUUCUACAAAAGAUAAUUCUGUUGUAAUGCGUAUGUUGGAAGCUUUGCAUAAAUUCGGUAAUAAUUUAGAGGAUUAUAUGCAUUUGAUUCUGCCACCCAUAGUGAAACUUUUCGAUGCGCAAGAGAGCACGGUUCCUGUAGCCAAACAAGCCUUGGAUACCAUUGAUCAACUAGCUGGGAUCUUGGAUUUUUCGGAUUUUAUAUCCAGGAUUGUACAUCCGUUGGUACGCACCAUUGAUACGUAUCCCGAGUUGCGGGAGGCCGCCAUGGAGACGCUCUGCUCGCUUGUGAUCCAACUACGACGUAAGUUUUUAAUAUUUGAUCGACUCGUCACGAAAGUCCUCACAAAACACAAGAUAACCAACACGGCGUAUCCUGAAUUGAUCGGAAUGAUAUCAAAGAGUACAACACUCUGUGAAGAUCGAGAUGUUCUGCAGGAGAAACUCCGACAGCAAGCGAAAGUGAAACAUGGCGAUACAACUAAUAUCGCAGUGGAUGCAACGACGAUUCAACGCCUGAAAGUAUCCAAAACAGCACUGCAACAAACCUGGACAGCUACACGCCGCGUCUCCAAAGAUGACUGGCUUGAAUGGUCGCGAAAACUAAGCCUGGAACUCCUCAAACAAUCACCGAUUGCCGCUUUACGAUCAUGUAUAUCACUAGCACAGUCAUAUACACAAUUACCCAAAGACUUAUUCAAUGCUUCGUUUGUCAGUUGCUGGACGGAAAUCGACGAUAUGCAUGAUGAAUUGAUCAGGAAUCUUAAAGAUGCGUUGGUGAAUGCUGAUAUUCCUGAAAUCACCCAGACAAUUCUGAAUCUUGCUGAGUUUAUGGAACACUGCGACAAAGGACCUCUACCCAUUGAUCCGGAAUUAUUAGGAGAAAAGGCAAUGCAUUGCAGGGCAUAUGCCAAAGCCCUGCAUUACAAAGAAGAAGAAUUCAACCGCGGUGUGAAUCCAAAGGUAGUCGAAGCCUUGAUUUCGAUUAAUAACAAAUUGCAACAGAAAGAAGCCGCUGAGGGUCUUCUACAGCAUGUAAAACCAAAAAUGGAUCUUGAAGUGCGCUGGUAUGAGAAGCUGCAUAAUUGGGACAAAGCCCUGUCGAUGUACAAAGAUAUCCUGGAUAAAAACACAGCGGAUCACGCUGCGUGUUUAGGUCAAAUGCGUUGUCUCGAAGCUUUGGGUGAAUGGAAUGAUUUGCAUGAACUAGUCGCGAAGAGAUUUGACAUUUUACCAGAGUCUGAAAAGGUAAAAGCAAGUAGACUCGCGGCUGCAUCAGCAUGGGGUAUCAAAGACUGGGAAUCCAUGGAGAAGUACACGAAAGUAAUGCCGCGGGAGAGUCAGGACGGUGCUUUCUACCGGGCGGUUUUAUCGAUUCAUAAAGAGCAAUACGACGAUGCGCAGCGCUUCAUCGACAGCGCGCGUGAUUUGAUCGAUACAGAGCUCACAGCAAUGGCGGGCGAAUCCUAUGAACGUGCCUAUAACGCCAUGGUGUUUGUUCAAAUGCUUGCUGAGUUAGAAGAAGUGAUUCAAUACCGACUUGUUCCUGAACGUCAACCGACACUUCGGACGAUGUGGUGGCAACGAUUACAAUCCGGACAAAGAGUUGUUGAAGACUGGCAGAGAAUCAUCCAAGUGCAUUCAUUGGUUUUGUCACCUGAACAAGACAUCCAUACUUGGUUGAAAUAUGCAUCACUCUGUAGAAAAUCCGGGUCGUUAAUGUUAUCGCACAAAACACUCGUCAUGCUGUUAGGCUUCAAUCCCGAAGAGAAGAAAUAUCAACUUACUUGUGAUCAACCGCAAGUGACCUUUGCCUACACCAAACACUUGUGGAUGGCUGGUAACAAAUCAAUCGCCUAUAAAAAACUGGAGGGUUUUUUGAAAGAAUACACUGAUCAAGGCGCGCAUGAGGAUGUCACGCAUGAAGAACGACGCAGACUCCUGGCUAGAUGCUUCAUGAAACUCGGCGAAUGGCAGGAGAACCUCGAGGGUGUCACUGAAACCUCCAUACCUUCAAUCCUCAAUCGAUAUCAAUCCGCUACCGAGCAUGAUUCCUUAUGGUACAAAGCAUGGCACUCCUGGGCGUACAUGAACUUCGAGAGUGUUCUAUUUUAUAAGAAACAAGCGGAGAAAUCACCGGUUAAUUACAUCCCGUUCGCUGUGAAUGCCGUUGAAGGAUUCUUCAAGUCAAUCAACUUGUCCAAAGGCAGCUCACUGCAGGAUACACUCAGAUUACUCACGUUGUGGUUUGAUUACGGGCAGGUUAGCGAGGUGUACGAUGCAAUUGUUGAUGGUAUUCGAUUGAUUGAGAUGAAUACCUGGCUGCAGGUGAUUCCGCAGUUGAUUGCGCGCAUUGACACCAAAACACUUGUUUCUACCCUGGUGCAUUUGCUAUUAAUCGAUAUUGGAAAGACACAUCCACAGGCGUUGAUUUAUCCGCUAACUGUGGCGACAAAAAGUACGUCGUUUACUCGUAGACAAGCAGCGAAUAAGAUUUUGAAGAGUAUGAGUGAGCAUUGGCCUGGUUUAGUCAAGCAAGCUCUGAUGGCUUCUGAGGAGUUGAUUCGUGUCGCCAUUUUGUGGCAUGAGAUGUGGCAUGAAGGACUUGAAGAAGCUUCAAGAUUAUAUUUUGGUGAGGGUGAUAUUGAAGGAAUGUUGCGUGUCUUGCAACCUUUACAUGCCAGACUGGAAAAUGGUGCACAAACAUUAAAAGAGACGAGUUUUAUACAAGCUUACGGCAGGGAUUUGGGCGAAGCACAAGAAUAUUGUGAAAAAUACAAGGUAAAUAACCUAAAACGAGAUUUAAACCACGCCUGGGACCUGUACUACCACGUCUUCAGAAGAAUAACCCGUCAACUACCCCAACUAACCUCUUUAGAACUUCAGUACGUGUCUCCUAAUCUCCUGGCGUGUCGUGAUUUGGAGUUAGCGAUACCAGGCAGUUAUUCUCCUGGUCAACCAGUGGUGAGAAUAUCACACAUCAGCGCCUCUCUGGAAGUGAUUACUUCUAAGCAACGCCCAAGGAAACUCCUCAUUCGAGGUAGUAAUGGUAAGGAUUAUAUGUUCUUGCUCAAAGGUCAUGAAGAUCUACGUCAGGAUGAGCGUGUCAUGCAAAUCUUUGGUCUUGUAAACACGCUGCUCUUGAAAGACCCGGAUACUUACCGCAGGAAUUUAACAAUUCAACGUUAUGCGGUGAUACCACUCAGCACAAACUCUGGUCUUAUCGGUUGGGUACCACAUUGCGACACACUGCAUACGCUUAUCCGUGAUUAUCGCGAGAAGAAGAAAAUUCUUUUGAAUAUUGAACACAGGAUCAUGCUGCGUAUGGCACCGGAUUAUGAUCACCUCACUGUGAUGCAAAAAGUCGAGGUGUUUGAGCAUGCAUUGGAACAUACAAACGGUGAUGAUUUAGCGAAAUUAUUGUGGUUGAAGAGUCCGUCAAGUGAGGUUUGGUUCGAUCGCAGGACGAAUUACACGCGUAGUUUAGCGGUGAUGUCCAUGGUAGGUUACAUCCUUGGUUUGGGUGAUCGUCAUCCUUCGAAUUUGAUGCUGGAUAGACUCAGUGGGAAGAUUCUACAUAUUGACUUCGGCGAUUGUUUCGAGGUCGCCAUGACCAGAGAGAAAUUCCCUGAGAAAAUUCCCUUCCGACUGACGAGGAUGCUCACGAAUGCCAUGGAAGUAACAGGCAUUGAAGGGACAUACCGUCGGACCUGCGAGAGGGUUAUGUCUGUACUACAUCGGAAUCGAGACAGCGUAAUGGCCGUCCUCGAGGCUUUUGUUUACGACCCGCUUUUGAAUUGGCGUCUGGUUGAUACAGCAGCACGGAAUAAAUCAGCAAUGACCACCGAUGGGGUAAGUUUAUCAGACAGCUCGCAGGAACAGGAAGGUUUAAAUACCCUGAGCAUCACGGGGUCGAAGAAAAUAAUGGCACCGCAGGACGGCGCGAAUGGCGACAGUUCACAGAAGGCGAUGGCGAUCAUCAGUCGAGUGCGCGAUAAACUCACCGGUAAGGACUUUGCACAGGAAGUGGCGAUGUCGAGUAAGGAUGCGUCGGAUAAGCCGCUGUCGAUCGAGAAGCAGGUCAAUCUGCUUAUCCUACAGGCCACCGACAACGAGAACCUGUGUCAGUGCUACAUCGGCUGGUGUCCGUUCUGGUGAAUUGUGAGACUCUGCUUUUUUUUAUAUUUUAGGGGGGAAAUGCUGAGACUUGAUAAAUUACCACAUCACUUGGUUGUUUAUGACGAAAACUCUUUGAUUACCUUUCGAACAAUUUGUUAUGUAAGUUUAUAAGUUGUUGUAUAAGUCUGUAAAGCAUAGGGUAGAAAUUCGCCAUCCAUAACGGACAUUAUAAAUCAUGGAAGAACUGUUUUUCUAUUUAGUUUAUAAUGUUUCCACUUGGGACGGCAAACAUUUUCAACAAAAAGACAUAAACUAACGUGAAAUGAUAUGAAAUGAAGAAAACUGUAAAAAUGACAUGUUCUUUUACUGUUAAACUCGCCAUUUGCAAUAUCUAUAUAUAUAAAAAUUAAUUGCUAUCCGUUAGA